AUGUCCGGUACAUCCACGGACCAAUCCAAUAAUAGCAAGCAACCUCUAAAGCGGCUGGAAAAGACGACGGCAUGUCUUCCCAUUGUCUAUGGCAGUGUGGCCUUUUUUCUGGGGAAAAAGGCAGACGAAUUCAAAACGCAUCAAUGGACAUUGUAUGUUCGGGGUCCCAAGAAUGAAGAUCUCAGUGGCGUCAUUGAAAAGGUAGUCUUCCAGCUCCAUGCCUCGUUUGCUGAACCCACGCGGGAAAUAUUGCAACCACCCUUUGAAGUGACAGAAUGUGGUUGGGGGGAAUUUGAGGCGCAGAUAAAAAUUGUCUGGGCCAAGGAAGCUCAGGAAAUGGAUGCUUUGCUAGCUCAUGGAAUCAAGCUGUACCCACCGGCACCACCAGGGACAGCUCCCUCCGCACUCCCUACAUCCAAUCCCAAUGUGCCCGUGGUCAGUGAAUCAUACGAUGAGGUCGUCUUUACAGACCCCACAGAACAGUAUUAUCGAGAUCUGUUAGAAGUGGGAAAGUUGAAACCAGUGACUCUGAAAGAGGAACGUGUCCAAGCAGCCGUUGCAGAGUACAAUGAUGAACAAACCUUUCUGCAGCUCCUAGAGGCAAAACAGUUUCUGACGCAAGAGUUGCAGCAAGUCAAAUCACGCUUCCAAAGGGUGGACACGGAAACCAAAGACAUUGACAGUUCCAUACGAAAAUUGCAAGAAAAGGUGAGGGCCAGUCGCAAAAAGCCACCUCCGAGUAGUGCAAGAUCUGCUCCGGCCACGGCAGCAAAGAAGCAGAAGUCAUAG